GCACCAGGCCGGGACCGGAAGGCAGGCCAAGAUGGCCGGGGUCGUGCUGCGGGCUGCGGUACGGAGCUGGCGCGUUGGCGUGCAGCCGGGCUGCGGGCUCCGGCCGCUGAGCCAGGCCCAGGGACCCCCGGGUCACCCCAGCUUUGUGGAAUCCACGGAUGAGUACCAGUUUGUGGAGCGCCUGUUGCCCCCCGCCAGCAUCCCAGAGCCCCCAAAGCACGAGUGUUACCCCACCCCUAGUGGCUGGCAGCCUCCCAGAGACCCCCCGCCCAGCCUGCCCUACUUGGUGCGCCGUUCUCGGAUGCACAACGUCCCGGUCUACAAGGACAUCACCCACGGUAACCGCCAGAUGACCGUGAUCCGGAAGGUGGAGGGGGACAUCUGGGCCCUGCAGAAGGAUGUGGAGGAGUUCUUGAGCCCGCUGCUGGGGAGGACCCCUGUCACCCAGGUCAACGAGGUGACGGGCACCCUGCGGGUCAAGGGCUCCUUUGACGAGCAGCUCAAAGCCUGGCUGGUGGAGAAGGGCUUCUGAGGCCCCGUGUGACCAUGCUUCCCGGGACGGGGGCCGCGGGGCCAGGGCUUGGGGGUGGCAGUGUGGGGUCCCGUGGGCCCCUGUGCACAGGUGUCAGCGGGGGGCCGCCAGCUGCUGGCUCUCCUCCCAGCGCAGCCUUCUCUUCUCUUCGGGGCGCAGCUGUUCAAAUUCUAAAGGCUCUGGCACUGCCUUUGAAAUAGGGGGAAGUAAUAAAAACAAGGGUGCUGCUCAGGUACCUGCACCCCUGGUUCACGUCCCGGCUCCUGGACGUGCAGUCCGGCCUCCGGAUGUGCACCCUGCGAGGCAGCAGCGACAGCCAGUGCUCGGGCCCCUGCCGCCCGCACGGGAGACCUGGAUGGAGCUCCAGGCUCCUGGCUUCGCCUGGCCCAGCCCUGACUGUCGCAGGCGGCUGGGGAGUGAGCCAGCGCGUGGAAGAUCGGCCUUUCAAGUGGGUGAAAAUUCAAAAAUGUCAGUUUGGGGGGGCCGUGCAGGUGUCAGCAGAGGCAGGCUCUCUGCCACACUGCGUCCUCUGCUCCCGGGAGCCCACUGCCGUACACGUUCCUGGGCCCUGUCCCGGGCGACGUGGCCCAGUGUGGGUUACAGGGAGCACGGAUGACUCCGGCGCAGGUCCUUGCAGUCUUAAAUCCCAAGCACAGGGCCUGGCACGCGGUCACCAGGUGCCCACGUCAGCCCCUGGGCGCUCUCCACCCCAUGGAGCGUGGAGGCCCAGCCCGGGUCUUGGUUCCACUCCGUAUUGGGCCUGCUCUGGCUGCCCGACCGCAGGAAGCUCCUCCCUGCCCACUGGCCUGGGGUCAAGGCUGGACAGGGUUUUGUAGGCAUAAACAUGCUGGCCUCUCGCCCCUACUCCCCGGCCAACUUGCUGGUACCUUUGCGUCAUCUUUGUGCCCCACCCCCACCCCCUGGGCUGCCUCUCUGGGUUACGCGGGUGUAGCCGCCUGGCCUGCCUGCUGACUGUGUGAGCCUCACUCCUUUUCUACCACAAGGAAAAGGAGACAGAACCGCCCCUGUGACACAGCCCCACCAAGUGUUAAUGCAAGUGUUUAUUGGCCGUAUAUACAAUUUAAGCUAUUAAAAUUUGUACAAUAUUUACAAAUUAAAUUAUCAUUUGAAACUGUU